AUGACGAGAAUCAAGAUGCCAACCUCCAAGUAUGAUGGCACUUCGGAUCCAGAUGACCACGUGGCUGCUUACGAAGGUCACAUGUUCCUUUACACUGAUGUAGACGCCAUAUGUACUCACUUUGUCAGUAAUAGGCGCCGCGAGCGUACUACGGGAGAAUUAUUGUCUGUCAAACAGGGGGCAAAUGAAAGUUUAAGGGACUAUAUCGGUCGCUUUAAUGUUGAAGCCGUUUCAAUUCCACGCUUACAGCAAGAUGUAGCGGUGCUAGCCUUGAUGACUGGCCUCAAGGAGGGGUCACCGUUUCGAAAUUAUCUGGGUCGUAAAUCUUACACCACUCUGGGUCCCGUCCUGGGUAAAGCAAAUGAUUAUAUCAAGGGGAAGAGUUUGACAAAGCUGUGGGAACCGUGA